AUGUCCUUUCUCGGUGGCUCCGAGUGCUCGACCGCCGGCAAUCCGUUGACGCAGUUCACCAAACAUGUUCAAGAUGACAAGUCUUUACAACGGGAUCGACUGGUGGGAAGGGCGCCGGGGAUGCAAGAGAGCAUGCGUUCUCGGGGGAUGGCAGGGCCGGGUGAUCAGAUGAUGGACGAAUUCAUGCAACAAUCCAACCAUGUCCAACAUCAUGACCCCGCCCAUAACUUCGCCAUGGAACAACUGCGACGAGGAAUCGAAACAUUGCAACACACACCCCAACGCACAGGAUCACCGGGUUGGGCAGCGGAGUUCGAUACCGGUGAACAAGCACGCAUGGAGGCCGCUUUCCAAGGCCCCAACGCCGCUCCUGCAGCACUUGAUAGUCGAGGUCCUGGGUUUUCUGCGGCGGAGUUCUCUCGUUUCCAACAACAGCAUCGUACGGCGAGCCCCAUCACACAAUCGACGCAGUCACCCAUGAUGAGUGGAUACCAGCGGCCGAUGAUGGGUGGAUAUAUGGGUGCGAUGGGCGGAAUGGGCGCUAUGGGGAUGAUGGGUCCGUCGUAUAUGCCUAUGCAGCAACAACAACAACCGGGGGUGCAAGAGCAGGAGGGCAAGGGCAAAGGGCGAAUGGUGGAGUUGGAUGACGAAAAUUGGGAAGCGCAAUUUGCCGAAAUGGAUGCAGCUGGUCAGGAGGCGUUUGAUGAUCAAGCGAAUCAUGCUAUGGAAGCGGAACUCAAUGAUCUGGACAGGUCAGUGCAUAGUACCCCUCUUCAGAAUCAAAGUGAAGGAUUUGAACAAUUUGAACGUGUGUGGCAAAGUGCUCAGGCUGAAAAUGCAUCUGCUACUACUUCUAGACAACUGGCCGACGAUGAUUUUGAAGAAGUUGCCAAUCUACAUCUUGGCGAUGCCAACGGUUGGGAAGGGUUCGAUAGUCUAAACACACGAUUCCGCGAUCCGCAACUGGGAGAUUAUCUAUUUGAAGAGGAUAACAUGUUCAAGGCUGUGGGUAACCCGUUUGAGGAAGGAAUGAAGAUCAUGCAGGAAGGUGGAAACUUGUCUCUAGCUGCACUAGCUUUUGAAGCUGCGGUUCAGAAGGAUCCUCAACAUGUACAGGCUUGGACCAUGCUCGGAUCUGCACAGGCACAGAAUGAGAAGGAGAAUCCGGCAUUGCGGGCAUUGGAGCAAGCGUUGAAACUCGACCCGAACAAUCUUGAUGCGCUUAUGGGACUGGCUGUGUCGUAUACAAAUGAAGGUUACGAUUCCACAGCCUAUCGUACAUUGGAACGAUGGCUUUCGGUCAAAUAUCCUCAGGUCAUCAGUCCCAAUGAUCUCUCUGCAGAUACCGAUGUGGGAUUUACAGAUCGACAACUAUUGCACGAUAAAGUAACGGACCUGUUUAUUCAGGCGGCACAACUAUCACCGUCGGGCGAACACAUGGACCCAGACGUGCAGGUCGGAUUGGGCGUGCUCUUCUACUGCGCCGAAGAAUACGGCAAAGCCGUGGACUGCUUCUCAGCAGCGCUCGCCUCUACGGAAUCCGGCACGUCCAACCAACAAGGACAAGUCCACCUCCUUUGGAACCGCCUAGGCGCCACGCUCGCCAACUCAGGCCGCUCCGAAGAAGCCAUCGAAGCAUACGAAAAGGCACUCACCAUCAACCCCAACUUUGUCCGCGCCCGCUACAACCUUGGGGUUUCCUGCAUCAAUAUCGGCUGCUACCCCGAAGCCGCGCAACACCUCCUCGGCGCACUGGCCAUGCAUAAAGUGGUCGAACAGCAGGGUCGCGAAAAAGCACGGGAGAUCGUGGAGGGGGUUGAUGGCAUCGAUGACGCAGAACUAGAGCGCAUGAUGCAUAUCACUCAGAAUCAGAGUACGAAUUUGUAUGAUACCCUGCGGCGGGUGUUUACGUCGAUGGCGAGACGUGAUUUGGCGGAUAUGGUAGUGUCGGGGAUGGACGUGGAUGUGUUCCGGCGGGAGUUUGAGUUUUAG